CUACCCCACCCCCACCCCCGUGGGGGCCAAGGCAUCCUUGGCCCAAUUCCUAUCCAGGACUAGUGUAGCGUCUUGUCAGCCAAUCACACCCGGUGUGUUCCGCAAGGAGGCUCCCCGCUCCGAAGAAAAGAACUAGGAAAGUGAAAAGACAGAUGUUAUAACCAAUCAGAGGCUGGAAUUUCUGAGGGAGUGGGCGGGAACUACUUCACAUUUAGACCAAUAAACACUACAUAUGCCCUUCUAGGUGACUGAGCGGCAUCCUCUUCAGUCCAAUAGAUGAAUGGGGCGGUGCCCGGCAACCAAUGGCUUGGGUUGGGGGCGGGGCGAAGAGCCAGUGUGCAGUAAGAGGUAACCUGGACAGUGGUAGCAGCGUUUCUCCCGUGCUGUGGCUCACGUUCUGGUGCUGAAGGCCGAGACUGUUCUGGCAGCGGCGGCCUCUGCGGCGACGGCUGAGACUCUCGAAGGAGUGGCGGAGUACGGUCUGAAGGAGGCGCCUCUGGCCAGCCCAGGCUCUAUCAUAAUGAAUGGAUCCAGUGUGGCCAAUACAUCACCCAGUGUAAAAUCCAUAGAGGACCAGGGGAUAAAUGGGCAUGAUGAGAAGGAAAACCCAUUUGCAGAGUACAUGUGGAUGGAAAAUGAAGAGGAUUUCAACAGACAGGUGGAGGAGGAGCUGCAGGAGCAAGACUUCCUGGACCGCUGCUUCCAGGAGAUGCUGGAUGAGGAAGACCAAGACUGGUUUAUUCCAUCACGAGACCUGCCGCAGGCCAUGGGACAGUUGCAGCAACAGUUAAAUGGCCUUUCAAUCAGCGACACUCAUGAUUCUGAAGAUAUUUUGAGCAAAAGUAACCUGAACCCAGAUGCCAAGGAGUUUAUUCCAGGAGUGAAGUACUGAGCUGACAAAAAGCUUUGAGGAGGACUUGUAUGUCCCCACCUCUGGGGACAGCGCUGCACAAAAAGCUGGAGCUGAAGAGGGGGGUGGGCUGGGGAGGGGUGCUCAUCGGGGAAGGGGAACAGUGGUUUAACUCCUGUGACUUGAGUAACUAAUGUGCUCAGUCUUAUUCUACAAGCCUCUGAGUAUUUCUCUUUUGUUCUACUGACUUCCAUGGGGAGCAGUUUCAUCUUUUUUUUGUUAGCUCUUUUGAGUUAAGGAAAUUGCAGUCUUUUUUUCUUUUUUCCUUCAUCAGGAAUGUCUGCUGUGUGUGUUUAAACAAAAUAAGCUGACCAAGAAAAACUGGGUGUUUAAGAAAUGCCCUUCUCUCCCUGCUGUAUACUUACAAGGGCAAUGAACACCUGGAGAACUACUUGUCAUGUUUGCUAAGCUGGAUGGAAAAAGAACAAGCAGAAGAAGCAGGUGGUGCAAACCAGAAUACGCAGCUCAGCUCCCUCACCCCAGGAGGUGUCCUGCAAUGAACUGGGAUUACCAGGAGCGUAUCAAGCCCACUUUUCCCUGCCCUGAACCCUGUUCAAGAAAACACAAUCUUAAAGUACUGGUUUAUGGUAACUCUUGAUGGUUGAUGAAAGUUGUAAAUCAGAAAGGAAGGACUGUGAUGGUGAUUGUCACUUGAGUCAUUUCAGUUACCGUUGUCCUACUCUUAGGCCUCUGUUUACAGCUACCAUCAGGCUCAUCAUUUACAAAGUAAAAGAACACUACAAGUGAUUUGCCACCUCAUCCCUCAUGGUGUCUAGGUACUCCCCUGUCUCCUGUCCUCCCCAGCCUUACUCUGAUUUACCAAGAAAAGACAUCAUUACCAAAGCUGUAUGAGAGGCAUGCUGUGAUGGCAGUCAGCUUGAGCCUGGAGGAGUCAUCCUUGAAGCCUGUUAGUUGUGUCUUAAGUCUAUUUUGCAUGAUUUUAUUUUUUUCCAGUUCCAUGAACACUUGGUCCCCUUGGUAUUGUCAUUCCCUCAGAAAGGUCUUAUGCACUUUUACAGGUAAAUUUAUUUUUCAGGACAUUAGCAAGAAGCUCAAUUCACAGUUUGGGUGCUUCUCCUCCACCCUGUAGAAUUGUGCAGAGGAACUCCAAGCCUAGGAGAGUGAAGCCUGCUUUAUCAAGGUGACUGUAAUUGUUAGGAUAUAGUCAACUGUUACAAAAUUUUGCAAUUUGCAUACACCCCACUUUGCAAACUUGUUAGUCACACUCUCUGGGUGCAUUCCUUUUAUCUUUCCUGGGGUUUUUGUUGAUACUUAUAAGGAACUAAACUGGGUACCAGGAGCUUCCUUUGUGUGAUAGAGGUGCAGGUGGCAGAGUCGUGUUUGAAAGAGAUCGUGUCUAGUCCUGGCCAUUGUCCUUGGACUAGGACUUGCAUAGGCCUGAGGAUGAUGGUGGCUUCUUUGUGACUGCUACUGUGUGGUGUGAUAGGCCUGUAAGGAAAUGAUCACGUAACUUGAAAUAAAGUCUGUGUAAAUUUAGUAUGUGGAUGUUGGGCAGAGGUUGGAAAGAAAGGACUGGGGUCUGGAAAGCUUAGCAAACUUCUUUUUCUUAUGAGUUCCCUUGUUGACUUUUUGAAUGGCAACAGGCUAAUGUCAAAUUUAAAAUAUGAACCACAUCUUUUCCUCAUUUGAAUCUAUAGGAUAACAUCAUUUGAAAACCGGCCAUCCUUGUUAGGUCUUAUGUCAUAGGAGAUUAGCUUGGGGAGCUUGUAUUUCCAGACAAACACAUUAAUUCCUCAAGCGUCUACCUCAAGAGAAUGGAACCAUUAACUCUUCUUCAGGGAGGACUAUGAAUAAAGAAACUUCAUUACUCCAGCUUCAGCUUCCAGCUGGUAGUUUCCUCUAACAGAGAGGAACUUGGAAGUGCAGAGAUAGAGGUCUCUCUCCUGGGGCAGUUUUUCCUCCCUCAGUCUCCAUUUGCCUGUCCAACCUCAGAAUUCUGAAGGCUUUUGGAAAUGAAAUGACAGAAAGUGCAUUCUCAAGACUGUGGAUGCCUCUGUCAUAGAGUACGAUAGAUUCUCAUUUGGCUCCCCAUCCAGAAAGUCUUGCAGGAAUCUGGAGUUAAGCUGUUUCUUCACCCUUGGGGAGGCUUGAGCUCUGACACCUGGGUAGGCUAUGCGGCUAGGUUCAGUAAGGGGCUUACCUCUCUUGCUGCUGUGCAGUUCCACUUUGGAUGUUGGUCUUCAGCAUGUUUCACAAGGCGUUUUUGGUUAGGACUAAAAAAACUUUUCUGUCAGAUGAGCAGUGGAGCCUAAGUCCCAUUCAGAGAUAUUGACUUCAUGGUCAGGAGGUGGCUUAUAAUGUAACACCUUUUUCAAUGUGUAGGCUUGUGCUAUAAAUGGUUCCUUCUUGUAGCCCAGCUCUUUUCUCCAUCUAUUUUAUGUUGUGAGGUGGGAGCACAGUAACUGCCCAGAUCAUAGGCUCAGCUGUUGUUUGAGUUUGCCAACUUUGUAGCAGAAAAUAUGUUUGGGUCUUGUUGGACCUUCGCCAGGGGAAGGAUAGUAGCCUCGGUCUGUCUGACUUUUCCUCGUAGGAAAGGUCCCAAGUGCAGGUCAGGCCCAACACCUUUACGAUUUAAUGGUGAGGCGUGUAUUUAUUUAUAAGUGAUUAUUUUGAUGUUGAAUUUAAGCCACUACUCGAUUCAAACUUUAUUGGCAACUGGAAGUCAGAGAGUUUGUUUAGAGAUGAAACCGUGUCUUGACAGUUGCCAGAUCUGGCUGGUCCCAGUAUUAGUUUAUUAGUGAUUGAUUUCUGAUUAUUAUGGUUGAUUAUUUCACUCUAAAUCUUCAAGAUGAAAAUUAUUUUAUCUCUUUCUUUUCAAGAGGAAAAAAAAAAUAGUAGAAAUGCCUUUUUGAUUUUUUCAGGCCUUUUGCCUGCAGCAGAAAACUUAGGCCUGAGCACACGCAUACCUGGAUCUCUGGACCAGUUUCUGACCCAGAGCAGUGGACUUUUGGGGAUCACAGAAGGUCAAAUGAGAAAUAACCAUAGGAAAAGGCUGGACUAUUGCAGCAUCUUUCGUUUCCAAAGUAAAAACAGCUAGGGUCUCAUUAAUUAGGAUUACAUUGUUAACUGUGGCUUAAAAAUAAAACUUUUGGUGAAAUACCAAGCAGCAUUUUCCAAAUUGUAUAUUGCUAUAACGCAAAAGUUUUGAUUGGUUUUGGCGAGGCUGGGAAAUAAGGCAAGGGAGAAAGUGGCAGUUUGCUUCCAUAACGACUUACAGCCUUGGAAACCCUGUGGUAGUUCUACUCUGUCCUAUAGAGUCGCUAUGAGUCAGAAUCGACUAGACAGCAGUGGGUUUUGGGUUUGGGGAAGUAAAGAGGAGAGUUAUGCAAAGAGGAAGUCAAAGGACACAGCCUGUCUGAAUCUUCUUGCAUUAGCACUGCUGCAAACCCCAUGCAAAGAAAUGACUGCCCAGGCUCCCGAAACAUCUGGAGCCCAGGAAUCUACUCACCUGUGAUUGUAGGGGGCAGGCAUUCUUUGAUAAGGAUUCCUGUGCCACAGGCUAAUAAAGUUUCUUGGUUUGGGUGAUGUUGAGGUAUGGGAAUAGGCAGAAACCUAACAAAUGUGACCAAGAUUGGGACAUGUCCACCUACUGGGGAGGACUGUAUGCCCAGUCACUCUUUGGGAUAAUGCCAGCAUCAUUAGUUUGAGAAGUAGGUGGAGAGGAUAGGAGAAUUGAACCCAAUUUGGCAUGCAGCGGGGGCUUUGCUCUCCUCCUGCCUCUGCCAACAGUUCCGCGUGUGAGUCAUUUCACCCCUCAUUGCCCACAUGGAUCAUUAAUUCUCUUCUCUCCACCCUAUGUAGUGUGCAGAGCACUUUCACACACACUGCUCUCCAGCCUUGUGGUGAAUGUCACUCACAGACUUGGCUAGUCACAAUUUUGGAAGGUUUUUUUUUUUUCUCCUUUGCUUCUAAUCUUCUGUCUUUAUUUCUCCCAUCUUGAAGCUGCUUUUGGUGACGGGGAAGCAGGAAGCCCACCCAAGGAAACACUCAUGUUCCACCCAGCCCCCUACUGCUGUUUCCAGUCAGUUUGAGUUUUUAGGGGGUUGUGAGAAUAGGACAGCUGAGUACACUGGUCUCUACAUGGUGUCAGCCAAGAGAUCCAACCCCCAGGGGACAGAAGAGAAGUGUGCAAAGGGACAGAUGCACCAUCUUUUUCAAGAGAAAAAGCCUCCUUAGAUUUUGUUACUAGGAGUCUCAUUUGCAAUAUUUACUAAGCUUUCUCCUCCAACCCUGCUUUCCUUUUUAAAAAUAAUAAAUAAAAAUCCUAGGCUAUUUAAUGCUAAAAAAAAGGAAAAGACUGAGAUAGUAGUAAAAUUUUCAGUCUAUAAACCAGCACUAAGUGAUAAUUCUGUUGAUUGUGAGCUUUCAGAAAUACUGAAUGCUUGGUGGGUGGUUUGGAAGGCAGGAAGUUUCUUUUUAACACCUUCAUUGAGGUAUAUUUUACAUAUCAUAAAAUUCAUCCAUUUCAACUGUACAAUUCAGUGAUUUUAGUGACUUUCCCAAGUGGUGCAGCCAUCACCAUAACUCAGUUUUGAGACUUUUUUUUCACACACCCUCACCCCACUUACCCAGUAAGAUCACUCAUCCCUGUUGACACUUAAUUCCAGUUCCCACCUCCAGCCCCAGCCAAUCACUAAUCUACUUUCUGUCUAUAAAUUUGUGUUUUCUGGACAUAACCAUAAAGAAUAGGUGAUCUCUUGUGCCUGACUUCUUUCAUUUAGCGUAAUGUUUUUGAGGUUCAUCCAGGAUGUAAUAUGAUCAAUAGUUUAUUCCUCUUUAUUGCUGAAUAUAUUCCAUUAUAUAGAUAUAAGAUACUUGGUCAGCAAGGGAGCCUCUUAAACUUGGAUUUUAGCUUCCCGUGGUCUAACUGAAACCCUCAAAACUCCUAGUGGAAGCUGCUGUUCACGUUAAAGGGACGCUGCUCAGCCAGCUUUGUCAUCUUCUAGACACUCCGCUUGAGGAGCCUGAACUGCUGCAGAAAUUUUUAUAAUUUUGCACCUUUUUUUAUAAGGAACGUUUGUGCUGUCUCCACGUCAGGACUUUUGAAGCAUCUAAUAUUCAUUUAAUAAGUACGAGCAUGUGCUUGAGUGGACAAGAAAAUGAAACCAUCAAUGCUAUGUUGGAUUUUUUUCCUCCCCCAGGCUGGAUGGGGGGAUCUCUGAGCUUCUGAAUACAGUAUCGUGUCUCCGUUACAAAGUUGAACACGUAUUCAAGGUCCUGCUGCCUUUGUUGGACAGACUUUGGAGGAAGGAGGGCCGACAACAGAGGAGGUAGAGCGGAAAAAGGGAGGGGGCUCGUGGAACCAGAAGCCCCCAGGAAGUGUCUGCAGGGCACACUGGCCCUCGGCCUGGAUGAAGUGCCCACGGUGCCCUGGGGCAGCUUAGCACCUCCAGCAGGCCCAGCAGGUCUCCACUCUGAUCUUUCUCUCUGUUUCACAAGUGUUUAAAAGCUGUUUUUGUUCUUUUUUUUUUUUCCCACUAAGUAAAUGUUAUAUGGUAGUUAUUAACACUUCUUUGGAGAAGGAAAUAAUUUUCAUAAAAAUAUCAAAAAUGGAAAAAAGUUACUUUUUACAAAUUUUGCUAUACAACCAAAUGGCAGCUGUUGACAAUUUAAAUAAAAUGAGAAUAAAAUGCU